AAUAUUGCAAAUAUUUUUGCUAUCUAUAAAAUAUUACAAUUAUUACAUGGAUUUACAAAGAAAUGAUUUUUCGAACUGGUUAAAACAAAUUAAAGAUUUUAACGACUCUUUCCGACGUAAUUCUAUUCCACGAAUUGUAAUUACUGAUGCAUCCUCAUCAGUUACACGUUCUUUAAUAUAUCGUUUGAUUUAUGAUGAAGUUUUUGGCAUUAAUCAGGAGGUUAUCAUUAACUUAUAUGAAUCAAGUGACAAAUCCACUUUUUUAAAUAGUCUUAUAAUUGAAAUUACUGCAUGUGCACCUCAUAAUUUAAAAGAAAUUAGUGUCUCACACGAUGUUUCAAAAGUUUUUAAAAAUGCGGAUGUAAUUUUUUCAAUUGGAAGAGCCAGGGGGUACGAUUUUAGUAAAAAAGAAAUUAUAUCCCACGAUCCAUUUUUUGAAGAAACUGUUCGAACUGCAAAAAUUCAUGCAGAAGCAAUUGAUAGAUUUGCCAAAAAAGAUGUGAAAGUCAUCACAAUAGGAAAUACAGAAGCAAGUAUAAUUCAUAAGUAUGCGAAAUCAAUACCUGUUGAAAAUAUUACAAGUUUGGCAUUAAUAUUCUCUAGAAUUGCAGCAGCUCAGGUGUGUUUAAAACUUCAACGACCUUGCGAUGAAAUAAAAAAUAUAAUUCCCUGGGGAUUUGUUGGAAGUCGAUUUUAUCCUGACUUUAAAUUUGCAACUUUCAAGGAUGGAACGCCAGUAAUGGCCGAAACAAAGAAAGCAUGGCUUAAAAAUGAAUUGCCACAAAUUAUUCGACAAGCAAUAAGAGAUUCUCGAUAUACAAAUGGAGUUUCGUACGCCUUGGCAGAUCACUGUAAAAACUUAUUGAGAGGAACAUUCAAUGAGGAAUGGACUGUGAUGGGAGUUUUUUCUGAUGGCUCAUAUGGCGUUCCGGCUGGAAUGUUUUUCACAUUUCCUGUUCAAUGUAAAAACGGAACUUAUGAAAUUGUUAAGGAUCUUCCAAUUGAUGAAUUUUAUAUAAAAAGACAAAUUAAGCAUUUGGCAGAACUAAUUCAUAUCGAAGUAAAAGCCGCAUUCAGUAUUUGCCAUGAAAUUCCAAAUUUAGUAACUUCUUGUUAAGGUCUAAUUACUUUCUUCAUUAAUACUAAUUUUAAAGUUUAAUUAAUUAAAUGAAAUGAUAAAUGAAAAAUAUAAUAAAUUAUUAAGUUUAAAUUAAACAAAGUGAACAUUGUAAAUAUAUAGG